ACACACAAGGGGCCAGAGCCCCUUGACACACGCGCGAGCUUGGUACGACGCACAAGAAGAAGACCAUUUUAUAGUUGGAGAAGACUUGAAGACAACGACUGACGAGACUCCUGCAGCCCUCAGAGAUUUUCAUUGUUACAUUUGACAGUAUUUUGGGAUCCCCUGUGGUCAGGUGUAUGAAAUGCUGGUCACCCAAAUUAAAAAGUGGAGAACUCUCUCAAGCUGUGCAAUCGGAGGACAGAAGUGCCUUUACAAGCUUCAGUCAGCCUCAGUCCACUUCAUUGCUGCAAAACACAUAACCCCCAUAAAGAGGCAGGUUGAUGAUAUCACCUUCCGACUAGUGACCUAUGAGUUCUUCAGUCACUGCCAUGUCUUGGCCAUGUCUGUCUCAGAGACCUGGUAUACCAUUAAAGACCAUGGCACUAACUACUGUAACCUCUACAACCUCAUGGAAGGAAGUGGACUAAUCGGAGCCAGGGGAUAUAUGGAAGUUACGAGUGAAUUCCUUUGUACCCAGCGCUCCUCUGCCAACUGCACACUCUACUGACCCACCUUAACUCUCCAUGACCUUCUUUGGAACAUCUUUUACAUUUACAUUUUAGUCAUUAAGCAGACGCUCUUAUCCAGAGCGACUUACAGUAAGUACAGGGACAUUCCCCCAUGGCAAGUAGGGUGAAGUGCAUUGCCCAAGGACGUCAUUUAUUUUCUUUUUUUGGCACGGCCAGGUAUUGAACUGGCAACCUUCUUAUUAGUAGCUCGAUUCCCUAACCGCUCAGCCAUCUAACUCCGCUUUUAGUUAAUGUAGGGAUUACCAAGUCUGAACUUGUGUUAUACCACGACAUGCCCUCAAACUCUCUGUAGCAUUAUGCAACUGUAGUAUGCAUAAUAAACCAUUGUGAUACAUACA